UAGAAAGAGAAUCGGUGAAUAGGACUACGGUUCCCGGUCGCUUUCGCUGUUGAUACAGCAGUUUUCCCUCCUGUCUCUGCCGCAGAAGUAUUUGCUCGAUGUCAAAAUCGAGGCUUCCCGCGCAACACUUUGCUGUUUGUUCACCACAAGAGGUACCCACUACUGUUGCAGCAGUGGUGGACGCCAUAGCUCUUGACCUACUAGAGAAAGCCCGGAAGACCAAGAUGCCCGUCACGCGCGACGUCCUUCGAAGCUUCGGCCGUGCCGCCAGGGCAACCCUGCUGGCUGAUCCAGCAGCUUCUAAGGAAGUGAAGGCGAGGGUCGAGGAUUUCAAGGCCGGCGAAAGGUGGGCCAGGAACUUCGUGAAGCGCAACAGCAUCGACAGCGUGAGACUUCAUGGCGAGGCUGGUAGCGUCAACAAGGAGGCCAUCAAGGAAGCCAUGGAGGAACUCAAGGCCCUUUGCGCAAAGUACCCGGCUAGGCUCAUCUUUAACGUCGACGAGACAGGCCUCCAGUGGAAGCUCAUGCCCAGGCGCACGUACCUCUCCAACUUGGAGGAUCGGAAGACGGCGCGGGGCUCCAAGGGCAUGUUCUUCAAGGAUCGACUGUCUGCCAUCAUGUGCGCCAAUGCCGACGGCACUGCAAAGGUUGACAUGUCCAUCAUCGGGAAGGCAAAGGGUCCCCGCUGCUUCAACGACACGCCUUCACCUCUCAAGUACUUCUCGCAGGCCAACGCCUGGUCCGACACCGCGACUUUCCGCAAGUGGUGGUGUGAGGUCUUCCUCCCGUUCGUUCGGCGCUUCACUCACGAACCUGUGCUGCUUCUGAUGGACGGCUGUGCUUCUCACGGUGAUCUAGUGGAUGAUCGGGGGCAAGUUACCAUCAAGUUCUACCCUCCAAACUGCACCUCCGUACACCAGCCUAUGGAUCUGGGGAUCAUCGCCGAGACAAAGUGCAACUACAGGAAGGAGCUGCUCGAUGUGAAGACAUCGACCAUGUUGGUGGCUGACACCCUUCGUGCCGAGGCCAAAGCUCGCAAAAUGAAGGCCGGGACAAUGGGGCUGGCGCAAGGGCACCAACCUCACGUGCGGGAUGCCGCUGAACUUCUCCAGAAAGCAUGGGCCAGCGUCACCGCCCAGGACAUCGCCAGGUGCUUUGUCAAAGCCGAGACUCUUCCGGACGAGAUGGCCGCUGAGCUCACCAAGCAACACGGAAAGUCCCAGUUCCACGUCGCCGAGCCUACCUUGAAGGCUCUCACGGAGACUCUCAACACGUUGAGCACGAGCGUGCACGAGGCGCACAAGCAGGGUACCCAAAUCGAGGACGAGGACAUCGCCGAACUCAUCGCCGAACUCCGCAUCGAACCCGGAAAGCCGCUCCUGGAGGAAGCGGUGAACGCGAUUCAAGGGUGGGCUACCAUCGAGGACGACGAUGAAGUGGUUGAGGCUCUCAGAGAGGAUACGGUGGAAGACAUGACGGCACAGCUGGCUGGGACUCGAGUGUCUACCGGCCGCGAGGAGGAGGACGAGGAGGAGGACAGCGGCGAUGACAACACGGGGCUCGCGCGCCGUGUCCCACCGGCUUAUGGUGAACUGUCGUCUCACUUCGGCGUCCUGGAAGCGGCAGCAGAGGAGAGCGGCAAUGGAGACGCGGCGCUCUACCUAGCGAAAGCGAAGAUGGCGAUGAUUGCAGCGCAUUCCAAGAGGCGGGUGCGCCAGGCAGACAUGAGGGAGUUUGUUGCUACGGAGUAAGGGCGGGGAACAGCUGUGGCACUAAAAAAACGGUUGUUUGAUUUUUGCGGUGCGCUGCCCGUCGUGCAUGUCAUUUUUUUUUUCUUGCAACAUCGAAGCGGGUGCGCCAGGCAAACAGGAGAGAAUUUGUCCCGACGACAUACAGUAAUAGUGUCGAUCCAUUUCGUUCUUUGUUGGCCCCGUAAG